AACGCUAGUAGCUACUAGCUAGCAGGGGGAAAAGAAGCGUGGGGAGCUGGAUGGAUAAUAGCUAGCUAGCAAGCUCGUUGCAAUACUGGGACAUGUCUAUAAAUAAAUCUUGUAACUGAAUUUUCACGCUGUCAUUAGCUGACUUAUUGUACUAUCGUGUUGUUGUAUGUGUUGGGACUUCAACUAGCUUUAUCCCAUUUUGUUCUGCGAAGUAGAUAAGGCACGUUGUGAAACGAAAAUUAGUCAGUUUGUUUUUGUGGAGCAGUUUUGUUGACCCAAAACAGUGAAUUAUAUUGCUGUUAUCUCAAACGGUUUGCGAGGAUGGUUCUUUUAAAGAGCAUUCCUCCACCCAGCGAGGGAGUCAGACAUAAACAAGCUGAGACUACGGCAGUUUUGGACGGGAAGGGGCUCGGAGCUGGGACGCUAUACGUUGCUGAAACGCGGUUGUCAUGGUUUGAUGGGUCAGGGAUGGGCUUCUCUCUAGAGUACCCAACUAUAAGCCUGCACGCCAUCUCAAGAGACCUCAGUGCCUACCCACAGGAACACCUGUACGUCAUGGUCAACGCCAAACUGAGCGAUGAGAACGAGGCAGGGAUGCAGGAGAAUGCCCACGAUGAGGAGAAUGAGGAUGAGAGCAGUGACGAAGAUGAAUCUGAGGUCAUCACAGAGCUCCGCUUUGUGCCUAGAGACAAGGAUGCAUUGGAGUCUAUGUUUUCUGCAAUGUGUGAGUGUCAGGCCCUUCACCCAGACCCAGACGAUGAAGACUCAGACGGGGACUUUGAUGGAGAUGAGUAUGAUGUGGAAGAGGCAGAGCAUGGCCAGGGUGAUAUCCCAUCAUUCUGUACAUAUGAGGAGGGUGUGUCAGGGCUCACGGCUGAAGGUCAGGCCACUCUACAGAGACUGGAGGGGAUGUUGGCUCAGUCUGUCGCUAGCACCUUUCACAUGGCUGGUGUUCGUACAGAUGAGGCCAAUGGAGAGUUUGACGAAGGGAUGGAGGUGGAUGCAGGGUCAGCCGUGGCCGGACAGUUUGAAGAUGCAGAUGUUGACCACUGAUCGAACUCUACUGGCAGUUGAAGCAGAUGUGGUACAUUGUGGAAUGGGAGGAGAAUAGAGCCUGUCGUCCCCAACACAUUUUCUGUUAAUACUGUUUUGUACCUGAAGCCCUGUUUACUGAGUUUUUCCAACUG